AUGGCUUCCACGAGCGCACACACAGUGUCUUCCUAUUCUACUUGUACCCCUAAGUGGCAUUAUGAAGUAUUCUUGAGCUUCAGAGGUGAAGACACCCGCAAGAACUUUGUAGACCACCUGUUCACUGCUUUGUCUCGGAGAGGAAUCUACACCUUCAAAGACGACCAACAACUCAGAAGAGGGGAAAAUAUUUCACUGGCGCUUCUAAAAGCAAUUGAAGAAUCGAGGUUCGCUCUCAUCGUCUUCUCCAGAAAUUAUGCUUCCUCCAAGUGGUGUUUGGAUGAACUUGUGAAAAUCAUUGAAUGCAAGAAAACGAUGGGGCAGACAGUGGUACCAGUGUUCUAUGAUGUGGAUCCUUCGGAAGUGCGGAAACAAACAGGGAGCUUUGGAUCAGCCUUUGAGAUUCACGAGAAAGAUUUCAGUGGGAACAUGGAGAAAGUGUUGGGGUGGAAGACAGCCCUGGUGGAAGCAGCAAAUAUAAGCGGAUAUAGUGUUCGGGAUACAGCAAACGGGUAA